UCUACUUUGACUAAGGGAGGGGAAGGACAUUGGGUAGAUUUUAAAUAUGAAAAAUUGCCAAGCUUCUGUUUCAUUUGUGGGAUUAUGGGACACUCUGAGAAAUUUUGCCCAUUGAAAUAUGUGGAGGAUCUCGUUUUGGAGAAAAACUUUAGUGCUGAUCUUAGAGCAGGUGGUGGGGGAAAGAUUAGCCCCACGAGGGGUGGUAUGUGGUUGGGUGAUAAGCAGGGAGGUCCGAGCCGACACUGGAGGACUCAACAAGAUGAAGAAGGUACUAUGAGACAGGGACGUAAGGGAAGUAUAGCUGAGUCAGAGAGUAGUGGCACAAAGGAAGAGAUUAGAAGCGGUGCAGGGGAGGUCACGGUGGAUCAAAAGCGCAGGAGAGUCUGGAAGGAGCCGG